AUGGGUGCUGCAUUGAGGCACACGGCGUGCAAGCCCUGCCGUGACCGAAAAGUCCGCUGUGGCGGUGAGCAACCAGCGUGCGCAAAGUGUCGGAGGGCGAACGAGGAGUGUGUUUAUCUCCCACCCCAGCGGCCGACCAGAGCCGAUCUCACCCAGACCGUGGAGGCAUUGCAAAAGCGCCUGAACGAGACUGAAGCCCGUAUUCAACAGUUGGCCGGCAAGGAACAAGCGAACAAUGCUGUUGCUGUCCCUACGACGCGUCCCUCGCCACCCUUCUAUGCAGCGCCUUGGCCAACGACUGCCGACUUCCCCGGUCCGGCAUUCUUGCAAUGUCCGCUGCCUCCAUUUGCGCCUGCUCGUGAUGGCGACGCGGCGGCUCAUGCAAACCAAGCGACUUAUGCGAAUCUGUCGUUUCAGCAGCAUGACCCGUCAUCGCCAGCAUCUCUGAAUAAUGACUUUCUGGACUCACUACAGGCAAAUGGCAGUCCCCGAGCAGCAACAGAGAGAAAUGGCUCCGUCUUCUUCGGCCGAGAUGAGGAUGCGAGGAAUGACUUCACAAAUACGGACGUCGACAUGACAGCGCCCUUGACUUUUGUGGCAUUCGGGACGGAGAGUCAUACCCAGCAACAGUACGAUCAAGGGCAAUCAAAUGGGAGCGUCCCGCCAGCGGCGAACGGCAGCUCCACUGGCUCUUCUUCCUCGCCAACCCUUCCCGAUGGAUCGUCGACAACAGCAGAAGUAGCAGCGGCGACAGCGGCUGUACUAGCCAAUGAAGCACCACAAAACGUUGGCGCGUCCAUGCCCACUGUUCUCGCCGAGUUCUCAUCCUCCGUCUUUCACAGUCAAGCCGAAAUCGCAGGCAUGUCCUCUGCGGUGGCGGACUACAUCGCCUGGAUGAGGAAGGUGCCCACGGGCAUUGCUCCACCCAACACGACCUUGGUGCAUGCGAACAUGCUGGAAGCAAUCGAGAGCCGACUGCGGGAGAUGAAGGACAUUGCUCAAACCAAGCCACUGGUCGCUUUCCGCAACAUGCUGUCGUCCCUCCAAGCUAUCGGACCAAUGGGCCCAUCUGUGUGCGAAAGUCUUGGCCAUCUGGAGAGGGAUUUUGAGCGACAGUCAGCCGAGGUGGCCCACUUCUUCCAGACACGAUAUAACGCCUGCGCUGCCCUCUCUGAGCAAGCUCAAAACGUCCCUCGAGCACCGCGAGAGGCACCAUAG